AUAAUAAGUAAAAAGGGUGAUAAUAAAUUAAUAAAUAGAUUAUUGGUGCCAAAGUAAUUGUGUAAAAAUGAUGGUGGGUGAUGAUGUGGGACAAUUAUUUUGAGUUUCAAUCAAAUACCUUCUUUAAUAAGAGAUAUAUAUAUAGUGAAAAUGCAUCAAAAUCAAACUAAAUUUCUAAGUGAAAAGAGGGCAUAAUUCCUGCAAAAUACUGCCAGAGUAAAAUAUGGACCUUGUGUCAUAUGAUGUGGAACAACUGUUUUAAGUUUGAAUCAAAUCAAUUUAGCAGUAACUGAGAUAGAGCAAAAGUGCGCCAAAACUUUAACUGGAAAUAAGCUAAGUUAAAAAGGUUGGAUGAUUCAUGAAAUAUUGGUUUGAGAGUUAUGACCCAUAAGCCAUUUGAUGUAGGUGAUGAUAAGGAAUAAGUAUUUAAAGUUUGAAGCAAUUCAAUUAAGUAGUUAUACAGAGAUAAACAGAAAGUGCCUUAAAAGUUUAACCAAGGUGCGGACGUGGAAGGACUCUGGCCCCAUUGUCUGUCAGUGUGACCUGCUGAUGCAAAUCACCCUCUUCCAUCUUCUUUACAGUGGCCUAUCUGCUAGUAUGAAACUUUGACAUCUCGCUUGGUUUGUAAAUUUAUCAUCCAUCUAAAUGAAGCAGAGAAAUAUGGAGAGGACUGAGUCGGAGUCAGAAAUUAUCGAACAACAACAACUAGAGUAUGACGAUGAGUCGCACACUACGAACAUACUGUCCCAGCUGUAUAAGAUGCAUAAACGGGACCAGUUCUGCGAUGCUAAGUUGAUUGUCGGUGACCAUGAGACGUGUAUACACCGUGCCGUACUUGGUUCAGCAAGCACGUUUUUCUUUAAGAUGUUCGAAAAAGGUGUGGAAGAUGACAGGAAUCAAGCCAUAUUCAAGCUGAAAGAUGUACGUUGGGAAGAAUUCAAAUACCUUCUCGACUUUAUUUACACCGGCAAACUGCAAGUUCCAGAUGACCAAGUGAAGGCAGUGUAUAGAUUGUCCCAAGAUCUUCGAAUACAUUCUGCAACCACAGCAUGUGCACAGUACCUGACCUCUUGCCUCACCCCUGACAAUUGUCUAGGAAUCCGUAUGUUUGUGGCAGAUGCUGGGUUUAGGGACCAAGUAGAUCAGUACAUAUGUAGUAAUAUAAGGGAGGUAACCAACAGUAAGAAGUUUUAUGGGUUGAGCAGGAUUUCACUGGAAAUUGUUGCUCCUGACGAGCAUCAGGUAAAUCGUGCCAGUAAUGACGAGAUCCUGCCACAGGUUUUACAUUGGUUAAAGGACAAGAUUGCUACUUGCAAAAACAAAUUGGAACCAUUGACAGAAGAUAUGAUUGUGUUAUACCUGAAUUCGGACAACUCGUUAACUGACUGUGAUGAGGUGGAUGAUGAGGUGAUACAGGAUAAUGAAGUGGUACAGGACUAUAAGAAACUGACACGGCGUAAACAGAGUGGUAGAAUUGAAAAGAAAGAGGUGACAAAUGUAUCCCCAGAAGCAACUGGCACACCAAAUUACAUGAAGUUCAGUAUUGAACCCAAACGACCUGUUCAUGAACAGGAAUGGUCUAUAGUAGCUUCCUAUAAAACUAAAGAUCGAUCCUACAUGGUGAUAGCAAUGUUGAACGGCAACUUGACGACAAUAUCGGUACAUUACCGACCAGCAGUGUCGGCUGGCAGCGGGAAUGAAGAUCCCGGUUCACCGGUACAUAACAGUAGUAGCAGUAACAGUCUGUUUGAUAGGGACGAUGACAAAGAAGCAUUGAAGGGGAUGUCAACCAAUCGUUGUGCAUUUGGUCUUAAAGCUCUUGAUGGGAGGUUGUUUGCGUGUGGAGGCUAUGAUCGGGGAGAGUGCCUGAAGUCUACUGAAGUUUACGACUUUGAAACUAACCAGUGGUCACUCCUUGGUGAAAUGAAGUCUGCUAGAGGGCGCUUCAGUACUGCUUUGUAUGAGGGGAAGAUCUAUGCAUGCGGGGGAUCCAGUGGGAACCAUGAUAUGAAAACAGUGGAAUGCUAUGAUCCGUCAGAAAACAAGUGGCAGAUUGUGGCCGAGGCUCCAAGGGGGAAACCUUCUCCAGGUAUUGCUAUUUUCCAAGGCAAGCUAUAUGUUCUCGGUGGUUGUAUCGGCCAGUCAACAGUGUCUUCAUGUGAGAUGCUCGACUUGGAAACCAAAGAGUGGAAAAGCAUUUCUCCAAUGCGAUUACAGCGAUUUCAAGUUGCGGUGACUGUAUUUAGAAACAAGAUAUACGCUAUAGGGGGUACAAAUGGGUGGAAAUGCUUGAAUGAGGUUGAGGUAUAUGAUCCACAGACGAAUGAAUGGUCCAUUAUGUCACACCUCAACAUUGCCAGGAGAGGUGCAGGGGUUGAUGUUUACAAAGGAAAAAUUUAUGUGGUUGGAGGUAAUGAUGGUACAUCUGCACUGAAUUCCACUGAAAUAUAUGACCCAGAGACUCACACAUGGUCUGUUGGACCAACCUUGAGCACACACAGGGCCAACUGCGGAGUUGCUGUCCUUAACGAUAGACUCUUUGCUAUUGGAGGAUUCAAUGGUAAGAAGUUCUUAAACUCAAUGGAAUUCCUGGACUUACGUAGAAGUGAAUAUUGGUGUAAUGAUAUGCCAGAAGAGGAGGAAGAAAGUACGGAAGAAAAUCAAAAUGGUGGAUACAGCACAGGAAGUGAGGACAUCAACCAGAACGGGAACAUUCACAUGGAAGGUGGCGAUGUAAACAGAAACAAAAAAGAAACGGUGAUCUUGGCAGAAAAGGGACAAAAGCAAAAACAAGGUGCAGAAACUAAUGGGGACUUGAAGCAGUCUGAAGUAAACACAAACUCAUAGCCAAGGCUUGAUAUGUCAGGUGUUUGAUGAUGAACACCAACAAAAUUGUCUCGUAACAUUCAUUCAGUUUUAGAGAGGGGCAAUGUUGUUUGUCAGCUGGAAGUUUUCUUAUCAAGAAUGAUUUUCCUAAGUUUGUCGGUGUAGUCGUGCAUAAAUAUGUUUUCCCUGUGUGAUGUUGAUCUCAUUCAAUUGUUUUUCAUAUAUCUAAAUUAACCCGGCUCUGUACAGAAAUAUUGAUGUCUAUAGAUAUUGUGAUUUUUGCAUCCAAUAUUUGUACAGAUUUGGUCCUUAAUAUGUUUGCCUAAAUGAUGUUAAAAUUGAAAUCUAAGACUUUCAUACACUUUCAAGAAGAGGGGAGAUAUUGUUUUGCAGAUAUUGGUCUGUCAGCCAGUCUGUUGACCAUUUGGUUUCUGAUCAGUAACUGGAGAAUAUCUCAAGCUUCAUAAUUGCCUGAGGUCAGUAGGUGGCACCAAUUGCUUUUGUGUUGUUGUUCAUAGAUCAAGGUCAAAGUGCAUAUGGGGGACAGGCAUCAGAUCAAGGUCAUUGUGGCUCUGUGAUUGAGAAGGAUUUUGGUCAGUAACUUCUGAACACUGAGUUAUGGCUGUCAGUCUUUAUUUGAUUUUUGUCUAGGGUCAGUAGAUUACUUUUAUUGUCAUUAGGUCAAAGGUCAAGGUGCAGUUUGGUGGUGCAUCAGGUCAUGGUCAGAACUGCACGCUUAGGGAGAGCACAGAUCGACGAAUUGCGGAGUUUUGAGUUCGGUCCCUGGGCGAGACGUAUGUUUUCCAUUACAAUUUGAUAGAAGACAUUGUGUCUGAAAUCAUUCAUCCUCCACCUCUGAUUUAUGUAGGGAAGUUGGCAGUUACUUGCGGGGAAUAGAUUUUUACUGGUACAGAAUCCAGGAACACUGGUUAGGUUAACUUCCCACUGUUACAUAACUGAAGUGCUGUUGAAAAACGGCAUUAAACCCAAAACAAAACAAAAAACGUCAUGGUCAAAGUGGCACCAAGACUGAAAUUUUUCAUAUCAGUAGUGAUAACCACUUUAGUAUAAUCACAAUAUUGUUUUUGGUGGUGCACAGUAUUCAUUUAACUAUCUUCAAGGUCAAGGUCAUAAGGUGACAGAAGUUUCCUGGAAAAUGUAUUUUUCCAGCAUCUUGUUCGGUUCAUAAUUGUGAUUUUAUUAGAUAGCAUGUUAAGUUUGUGCAUGUACAUUGUAAAUGCUUAUGUAAAUAUAUGUUACACCAUGAAAUCACAUGAUUAAGUUGAAUAUGGUUAGAUAUAACCUGGAAAUAAAAUAUCAGGAAAGCAUCUUUUUUGAAAAGAUGUUGCAAGGGUGAAGAUUUCAUUUAAUGUGCUUAUAGAUUUUUUUUUUUUUCAUUUUUUAUUUUCAUGCAACAAGAGUAGAAUGUUUGUUUGACUAUCUUGAAUGUUUUAGGUAACAAGUCAUGUCAUUGUGAAGAGGCAUUUUACCAGUAUGUAGGGAUAUUCUACAUUUAUCAACAUUAUUUAAACAGUUUUUGUAAUAGCCAUAGGGCAUGUCUGUUAAGUUUUUUUUUUACAACAGAAUAAGAUGAAUUUAUUUUCUCGUUGUUCUCUGCUCAAUUUCAUUCAUUUUUAUAAGGAAUGUAAAUAUAUAUCGCUUUGUAAACAUUCCUCCGAGAUACACAGAUGGUAAAGGGAGAUAAAUCAGGGAUUUAAUUAUACAGGGACUGUUUGGAUUUCUUUCCCUUGUUUUUUAUAAUGACAUGUAUAUGGGCUUUCUGAUAUAUUCCUGAAUUGUAAAUAAUAUGACAAAAUCAUGGCAAGUUUUAAAAAGCUCUUCCAGUCAUCGUACUUUCUCCAUUACAUGUAGUGGUCAUUUAUCAUCGGGAGAUAUUUUUGUGAUUGAAUUUUUUUAUUUUUUCUUAUUGAUUGAAAUUUUCUUUGAAAUAUUUUGUUUAAUGCAUAAACCUUUAAUUUAAUUGUAUAAAUAUUAUCAAGAAGUAAACAUUUGCUUGCAAAUAUAAUAACCCACAUGUAUUCAGAGUGCUAGAUUAUGGGAUGAAUCUCGGUAAAAUCUUGCCAGGGUAAUUUUGAAGUAUGAAAUAAUGUCAGAUUUCAGUUGGCAUUACUUUUACUGUGUAGAGAUUGGAUAUCAAAAGUUUAGCAAGUCCGAAAUUCUAAGAAAGUGAAUUCAUGAAUCAGAGUCUUGUUUUAUUUUUGCUUAGUGUUCCUUUUGUCAGAACAUACGUAGGAGGGAUUUUAGUAUAUUUAAUAAUGGAGGGUUAGCUAGAACAGCAGAUGUAAUUCAUAUUGGUUAAAUGGAAUAUUUGAGCCGUGCCAUGGGGAAAACCAACAUGGUGGGUAUGCGACCAGCAUGGAUCCAGACCAGCCUGCGCAUCCGCGCAGUCUGGUCAGGAUCCAUGCUGUUCGCUAAUAGUUUCUCCAAUUCCAAUAGGCUUUAGAAGCGAACAGCAUAGAGCCUGACCAGACUGCGCAGAUGCGCAGGCUGGUCUGGAUCCAUGCUGGUCGCAUACCCACUAUGUUGGUUUUCUCAUGGCACGGCUCAUUUGGGUGAUUCAGUAUAGAUAAUAAAGAACAUGUUAAACAUUGAUAUAUAAGAGAGAAAUCAUGAAAAUUCAAUACAUAGGGUUUUAUAUAUGUGGAUGUACUCCAUUGUAGUGUAGUGUUGGAAUUACUUUAGUCUCUAGGACGCUAAAAUAAGUUAUUUAAAGAGAUCAACCUGCAUGUGUAACCCAUUUGUAUCAUUCUUGAUUGACAUUAGUCAUUCUGUAAACAAGAACUUUGUGUGCAUAUACAUGAAUUGCAGACAUUCUUCUCGCAUUGAAAUUUUGUUUUUCUCAAAAUUAAUUACCAGUUAUAUCAAAGAUAGAUGUUGCUAUUUAAAAUAAAGAAUCCUGUAAUGUCCUAGAAGAUGUCAUAAGAGAAUGAAACUUUAAAACAAUGUUACAUUGUAAUGUUCUAUUUAGUUUUGCUUUCAAUGAUAUAUGUAUUGUUGAUGUAAAACUUUUAACCAAUAUUUAUAAUUAGUUAGUUGUUUAUAUCAAUGUAAGGUAACCGGCACAAUCUAGAUUAUGUUUGUAUGCCCUUUGUGUCGUAGACCUGGGAUGCAUAUACUGUUUGAACUGUCGGCCCAUUACACUGUGAAACUUAGUAUACAUCAUAGUCAUGAAGUAGACAUGCACAUAUUGUUGGAAUUUUCAUGGCUGAUUCUUUUUUUCUUGAGUUUUGGCCCAUUUUGUACAUUGAAAUAUUACAACUAGGUCUGUACAUUCUGUCUUAAAUGGACUCAACUUGUACAGUUUCCAUCCAGUUUGGAGCCGAAUGCUUACAAAUACCUUGAUGGCAGGAAUAUUUGAGCCGCGCCGUGAGAAAACCAACAUAGUGGCUUUGCGACCAGCAUGGAUUCAGACCAGCCUGCGCAGUCUGGUCAGGAUCCCUGCUGUUCGCUAACGAUUUCUCUAAUUGCAAGAGGCUUUGAAAGCGAACAGCAUGGAUCCUGACCAGACUGAGCGGAUGCUAUGUUGGUUUUCUCACGGCGCGGCUCAGUUAUAGUCUGUAAUUGAUCAUUGCCAAAUUCCCUUUAGUGUAUAGAACACAUGCCAAAAUAUCGUUUUGUAGACUUUUCACCUAAAUAAUUACAUUUUUAAAGCAUGACCAGUAAAAGUACCUAAAAAUUAAUGUAUAUUGUAUCAUUUUUAACAGCUAAAAAGCUAUCUUCAUGUUGGGACAUUGUCAGUUACUAGUUAGUAUAGAUGUAACAUGGCCUAUUCACACUGAGCAGAUUAGAUUGUAACUGGAAUUUUGUUGCAAUUGAGUUGAACCAAAAGCAAAUCACAUGUAUAUUAAUAUAGAAAUGUAGUUGCAAAAAAGUUCUAUAAUAAGGUCAAUGCAAUCUGGAACCACACCUCUAGGUGUACUGUCACUUGAACUUGCAUAGAUAUGUUUCUUGGAAAUGUGCAUCUAGAGUUUAUUUAUGUCAUAUUUUUGUAUAUAUUUCUGGCCAUUUAUUUCAGUUUUCGGCUCGAGAAACCUGAAAUACACAGAGAUAAUGAUUAUCUUAUCAUAAAGAAUAAGAUAUAAAGAAGUUGCAAACAAUCAUGAGUUAAGAUGAAUUCUGAUGGAUGGUUCUUUUCAGUGUGAUGGUCCACUAGACUUUAAUGUUGGAAAUGAAAUAUAUUUACAUCCUGAUUCAAUGAUUGAGCUUUGUUAAUUGUAUAUUUUUUAUGUCAAAGUUAUUGAAUGUUUCCAAUUUAUCGAUGAAUUAAAUAAGUUUCAUUAA